CUGCUCCUCCGCCAUCUUCAACUUCCUAUUGUUUGCAUCAGACGGAGAGAGGGGGCUGUAUGCUGCAAGCGAGACACCAGAGUCGGACACGGCUUUUUCGUUGAACCGAAGAUAUACCACCUGUGCUCCAGGUAUUUCGGGUUCAGUCCAGACCUGUUGUAUGUCACUGGAAUAAAGCCCCCUCCCAGGACUCGACCACUGAACCCCGACGAUGGACGACGAGCAGCCUAGAACCUUGUAUGUAGGAAAUCUGUCCAGGGAUGUCACUGAGCCCCUCAUUCUACAGGUCUUCCAACAGAUAGGGCCCUGCAAGAGCUGUAAAAUGAUCAAUGAUACUGCUGGAAAUGAUCCAUACUGCUUUGUGGAGUUCUAUGAUCACAGGCAUGCUGCUGCCUCAUUGGCAGCCAUGAAUGGAAGGAAAAUUUUGGGUAAGGAGGUGAAAGUGAACUGGGCAACAACACCAUCCAGCCAGAAAAAAGACACAAGCAAUCACUUUCAUGUCUUCGUUGGAGACCUCAGUCCAGAGAUAACAACUGAAGACGUCAAAGCUGCCUUUGCUCCUUUCGGCAGGAUAUCAGAUGCUCGAGUUGUGAAGGAUAUGGCUACAGGGAAAUCUAAAGGCUAUGGCUUUGUGUCUUUUUUCAAUAAAUGGGAUGCAGAGAAUGCCAUUCAGCACAUGGGGGGACAGUGGUUAGGUGGGAGACAGAUACGAACCAACUGGGCCACAAGAAAGCCCCCUGCUCCGAAGGCCACCUAUGAAACAAACUCCAAGCACCUAUCCUUUGAUGACGUCAUGAGCCAGUCAAGCCCCAGUAACUGCACUGUGUAUUGUGGCGGGGUCAGCACAGGGCUCACGGAGCAACUGAUGAGACAGACCUUCUCUCCUUUUGGACAGAUCAUGGAAGUCAGAGUUUUUCCAGAUAAAGGCUAUUCGUUCGUGAGGUUUAACUCCCAUGAAGCAGCAGCCCAUGCAAUUGUGUCUGUCAAUGGUUCUUCAAUUGAGGGUCACGUAGUGAAGUGCUAUUGGGGUAAAGAGACACCAGACAUGAUGAACUCCAUGCAGCCGAUGUCGGUGCCACAGCAGCAGAACAAGAUUGGCUUUGCUGCAGCCCAGCCUUACAAUCAGUGGGGCCAAUGGUACGGCAACGGGCCCCAGAUCAGCCAGUAUGUCCCUAACGGGUGGCAGGUCCCCACUUAUGGUGUCUACAGUCAGGCCUGGAACCAGCAGGGCUUUAAUCACUUACCGGCCAGUGCUGGGUGGACUGGCAUGAGCGCCAUCAGUAACGGUGGGGUUAUGGAGCCUACACAGGGAUUGAAUGGGAGUAUGCUAGCCAACCAGCCUGGCAUGGGAGCCGCAGGAUACCCCACACACUGAUAGGUGGGCAGGGUGGGAGAUUGCCGGCAAACAGCCGGUUAUUGGCUGACCGGUGCCCUGCGGGUACGUUUACCAUCACCCCAGUUUGUGGCAGGACUAUGAGACUUUACAGGAUGUAGAACCUAACGGGAAGGUUGACAUCCGAGAAAUGUAAAUCGUUUUUCGUGGGGGGAGGGGGGCUGAGGUAACACGAGCCAGGGGCAGGGAUUUGACCCACACAGGUAUUUAUACCCAUUGAUGGUUGGAAAACUGGCCAUGAUCCAGGGUUCUUACCUUUUUAAGUUAACUGUAAAUGAGUAUAAAACUGUAAAAAAGAAACUUUUGAAAUGUUCCGUUUUCUGGGUUUUACAAACUGCUUCCAUUUUCACGUUUAUGCUUUGAAAGCCACCAAAAGGUGGUUAUCUUCCUCCCCAAGAAACUGACGGGAAAUAUAAUUUGUGAACUGAAGUGAUUGAAAAAUGGAUACUUUUUUUUUUUUCUUAGAUUAAAACAAUUGCAGGGAUUUGUGUCACUGCUGUUUCUUGGUAAAGGCAGGUAAAUAUUGCACAGCUUUUCUCCUCGUACUUAGAUUUGGUUACAUGGCGCAUUUCCUUCUGCAUUACAUUCCUCCUUCCGAUCUUUUCUGACGGCCUCAAAUUCUUCUUCCCACAUGUAAAUAACUAUCAACUGACUUCAUUUGGAACAAUGUAUGUUAAAAUGCUACUGUUAACUGUGGGUGCUUGCUUUUCAGUUUUGUUUUGAUAAUUCAACAGCUAAUUCCAACAUUGUUUGUAGCAGAGUGGCACUAUUUAAAUGUCACUGGUACAGUGAACACAAUUCUUCCAUGCAGGGAUAAGACAGCAUUGCCAUGCAGUGCAUACUUAAAUCAAAUGUUUAAAAAUGAAUAUGUAUGUUUGAAACUUUUUUUUUUUUAAAUAUCUAUUGAAACGCCAGUAUUUUAUAAUGAAACUGAGUGGAUUCAACUUCUACCGUUCAUUUUGCCACAGAAAUGGACAGACCUACAUUGUAACUGUUGCCUUAUAGAGCUGGUUUCUUUUAGCUGACAAGAUACUUUUUAAUUAGGCAGUGCCUACAGACAUUUUCAUGCCCUUUUUGUUUAGAAUGAUGUUCAGCCCUGAGAACUGUUGACUCUGCUACUGUAAUCAAUGUUUUCCUUUUAUUUUUAUUUUUUUUUUGCUUUGUCCAAUUAAAAUGCUAAUGCACACAUAAA